AUUCAAUACCCACCGCACAUGAUUAUUACAUAAAUUAGUAUUUUAUCUCGCUCUGGAGCACGUUUAACAUAACUCUAUAGUUUCGUUACUUUUUAGGCUAAACUUACAGCAAUAUGGUCCCGAAAGUCCCGAACGUGGUCUUGAACAAUGGAAAACUCAUGCCAGCCAUCGGUCUUGGAACCUGGAAGUCUAAACCAGGUGAAGUUACUCAGGCGGUAAAAGAUGCCAUUGACGCAGGUUACCGUCACUUAGAUUGCGCCUUAUAUUAUUUAAACGAAGAAGAAGUUGGUGCCGGUAUUAAGGCGAAAAUCGACGAAGGUGUUGUUAAAAGAGAAGACCUAUUUGUCACCAGUAAACUAUGGUGUAACUUAAUGAGACCUGACUUAGUUGAACCGACUAUUAAAAAGAGUUUGGGAUUUCUGGGACUUGACUAUUUGGACUUGUACCUUAUUCAUUGGCCUACUGCCUUCAAGCAAGGUGAAGAAUAUACUCCUAAAGGUCCAGAUGGGAAAACCCUUUACAGCGAUAUAGACUACGUUGACACAUGGAAGGCCUUCGAAGAAAUCCAUAGAAAAGGCCUUGCCAAGUCUAUUGGCGUUUCUAAUUUUAACAAAAGGCAGUUGGAAAGGGUUUUAGAAGUUGCUUCUGUUAAACCCGUAACUAACCAAGUGGAAUGCCAUCCAUACCUCAACCAGAAGAAGUUGACAGCCUUCUGUAAAUCAAAAGAUAUCGUUAUAACUGCUUACAGUCCGUUGGGAUCCCCAGACAGGCCCUGGGCGAAGCCCGGUGAUCCGAUUUUGGUGCAAGAACCGAAAAUUUUGGCUUUAGCUGAAAAAUAUAAAAAGAGUCCUGCUCAAGUUAUUUUAAGGUAUUUACAUCAAUUGGGCGUGGUACCGAUCCCGAAAUCCGUAACCAAGUCGAGGAUCAUCGAAAAUUUGAACAUUUUUGAUUUUGUCCUGGAACCCAGUGACGUGGCGGUUAUGGACUCUUUUGAUUGCAACGGCAGGGUCUGUCAACAUUCCGAGGGUGCCGGACAUCCGAACCAUCCAUUUGAAAACGAUGAAUAUUGAUUAAAUAUCAUAUGAAAUCUAACAAUAUUUUAUACACUGAUUGAUUAUUGAAAUUUGUUUAUUUUUAAA